UGCAUGCGCGGUCCCUGCAAAUGCGCGUUCACGUCGAGUCGGCGGAUCGCUGCUGCUGCAGGCUUGCAGCUGCGGAGUAUGGACGCAGUACUGCAGUGAAUGAACCGCCCAGCUCAUUAUUCUCCUCACAAGGACCUGUUUGAUGGAAUUAGCAGCUGAGAGUGCCAAUUUAAUGUGAGAAACGGGGAUUUGGUUUCUUGGGGAGGAAUCCGCAGACUCCUGGAUGAUUGGGAUGCACCGUGGGCUGGCCUGUCAUUUCAGACACCCUUGAAAAUGCUGUGAGGAGUAACCUGCAGAAGACCACUGGCAGAUGGGGCCGACGGCGGGGCUAUUAUUGCAGCUUUCCACUCACGUUUAAAAUGGAACGAGCCGUCUGUCCAGGGAUGUAACCGGGAGAUGGAGGGGAAGAAAAUUCUAUAAGAGGAUAAACAAAGCGGAACAAUUACUCUAGUGCCUUGGAAAUGCGAAGACCGACACAAAAAUAAUCAAUUUUCAGAACUUAUUUGGAUUCAUUCCGAACCCCUAUAAACGCCCGUUUCUGAGGUGCUGGUUUUAUUUAUUUAUUUUAUUUUGGUAACAAUGUUGUCCCUCUGAGAUAUCGAGAAAAUAUGCCGCACAUUAAAAUGCAAGCAGCAGUUACAAACGCCAGCGACAACAGAACUAGAAAAACUAUCAGAAGCGAUGACACAUCUAAAGAUUUUGUCAUCCGUAUCUUCAUUCCCCUCUUCCUCGUUUUGUUCUCUCUGCCAUCACCUGCUCUCUCCAUUAACAUGGAACCUAUAGAGAGCCACAGUGAGUUCAGCUGUGAGCCCAUCAGACUGAGAAUGUGCCAGGAUCUGCCUUACAACACCACCUUUAUGCCCAAUCUCCUCAACCACUAUGACCAGCAAACGGCUGCACUUGCAAUGGAGCCUUUUCAUCCCAUGGUGAACCUGGUGUGCAGCGCUGACCUCAGGAUGUUCCUGUGCGCCCUCUACGCUCCGGUCUGCACUCAGUACGGUCGGCUGUCGAUGCCUUGCCGGUCCAUCUGCCAGCGGUCCAGGGAUGAGUGUCAUAAGCUCAUGGAGAUUUUUGGGGUAACCUGGCCUGAUGACAUGGAUUGCAGCAGGUUUCCAGAUUGCAAUGAACCUUAUCCUCGUCCAGAGGACCUGCUGACGGACUCUGAACCCACGGGCCAGUCAUCCAUGACUGUCCAGAGAGAUUACGGUUUCUGGUGCCCCAGAGAGCUCAAGGUUGAUCCUGAUUUGGGCUACACUUUUAUGGGGAGGAAGGACUGCUCUGCUCCCUGUCCUUCUAUGUUCUUCAAUCAAGAUGAGCUAAUGUUCACCCGACACUUUAUUGGAGCCAUCUCUAUCCUUUGUUUGUCUGCUACGCUCUUCACCUUCCUGACAUUCCUCAUUGAUGUUACAAGGUUCAGGUAUCCUGAGCGACCAAUCAUCUUCUAUGCUGUGUGUUACGUCAUGGUGUCCCUGAUCUUCUUCCUGGGUUUCCUAUUGGAGGACAGGGUGGCAUGUAAUUCCGUCAGCCCUGCACAGUUCAGAGCCCCAACCAUUACACAAGGCUCUCACAACAAGGCAUGCACUCUGUUCUUCAUGGUCCUGUAUUUCUUCACCAUGGCCGGCAGCGUGUGGUGGGUCAUUCUGACCAUUACGUGGUUCCUGGCUGCUGUGCCAAAAUGGGGCAGUGAGGCGAUUGAGAAGAAGGCUCUCCUCUUCCAUGCAGUGGCCUGGGGCCUGCCGGGGGCCCUCACUGUAACCAUCCUGGCCUUGAAUAAAAUCGAGGGAGAUGGAAUCAGUGGAGUUUGCUUCAUAGGACUGUAUGACAUACAUGCACUGAGAUGGUUCGUCCUUGCACCGCUCUGCUUCAAUGUGGUGGUUGGCAUUUUCCUCCUCUUAGUGGGCAUCAUUGCUCUAAAUCGAGUACGAAUGGAGAUCCCUCUGGAAAAGGAGAACCAGGCCAAACUAGUCAAGUUCAUGAUCCGAAUGGGAGUGUUCUCUGUGCUCUACCUCAUUCCAUUAUUGACCGUGAUCGGGUGCUACUUUUAUGAGCAUACAUACCGAAGCAUUUGGGAGACGACGUGGAUGGAAGAGAACUGCAGGCGUUACCAUAUUCCCUGUCCAUAUAAGGUUGAAGAGACCAGCAGGCCAAGGAUGGCUUUGUUCCUGAUCAAAUACGUGAUGAUGCUGGUGGUGGGGAUCCCCUCUGUUUUCUGGGUGGGCAGUAAGAAGACCUGCUUUGAGUGGGCCGGCUUCCUACACGGACGCAGACGCAAAGAUGGGGUGAACGAGUCCUGCCAGGUCCUGCAAGAGCAGCCAGACUUCGCUCAGUCUCUGCUGCGUGAACCAAACACCCCCAUCAUUAGGAAAUCCAGAGGAACGUCCACACAGGGCACGUCUACCCACGCCUCUUCCACCCACUUGGCUGCUCUGGACGACCUUGACGAACCAAUCAUAACUCACCACAGACACGCUGUGUCGACCAGGAGCAAGGGCGGCAGCGUCCACAGCAAAGCCAGCUACCACGGCAGCUUGCACCGCACUCGAGACGAGAGGAGCAAUUCAGUGGCUCACAGCGGCACGCAGGACCGCAGUUUCCAUGGCAGCAUGCCCCGUCUGGACCACCCCCUCUCCACUCACAGCAGCCUGCAUCAGAUCGACACCCACUCAAGGCGCAGCAGCCACCCAGACCUAUCCGAGGCUCCACCCACGCUCAUCACACAUGGAACCACCGGCAGUGACGGCAAAGUUGCCGAGGACGGCACUAGCGCCUGAUCGCCACCAUCCCAAUGCACAUGCAGUGUGUGGUAAAAGGCUGUGGAAGGUCGAUGCUCACAGGGUGCACAGCACUCUAACCAUGAAGAGCAGUCCGUGCUGUGGUGAUCAGUGUAACCACACGCUAACAGCUCAGUCAGCUUAUAAAGAGUUGCCAUCAUGCUCAGACUUCAUGGACUCCUGUGGGGCAGAAAAACCUUGAAAUGUUUUGCACUGGAUCUGACUAAAUGCUGAAAGAAAAGUUUGUGCAAACCAGAUUUUACUACCCCCCUCAUGUCUUUACACAUGUACUGUGCGGGUGGGGAGGAUGGGGGGGUGAUCACCAGUAUUAUGGUGACAUUGUUUUUGAAAUGUUUCCACUUGCAGGACCUAAACCUUUACUGUUGGAGCUCAUUUAACACUACCAAGUAUUUGUUUUGUCCUAGUCUUCGGCUCUUCGCUGUCUCCAAGCAGGUUUUUGGUUGUUUUCUUAAUCUGAGCUGCAGCUUUUAAUGUUUGUCUUAUUGAAGCAAUGAAUGUGAGCCUGAUGUCAAAAAAGCACAGGCUUUAGCUGUUUAGCAAGAUAUUUUUAUACUGUGAAAGAAGUUUGCGUUUGUGCGAGUGUGAGUGUGCAUGAGAGAACUUUAACUGGCACAUUUGGCAAAAAGGAAAGGGAAUUUAGAAACGAGAUGGAAAAACAGGACUUAACCGCCCUUUGAAGUGUAGUGAUAUGUCUUUAAAAUGAAAUAAACAGGUUUCAGGGUUUUUUUUAAUGCACAAAUAACUUCUUUAAUGACGGUGUACCUGAACUGCUCACGCAGACUCUGUGGCUGCAUUUAAAUGGCCUCACAGAGCGAGGUUUUUCAGCUAAAAGUGUUUUAGCUGGAUUUGGUGAGCAUUCUUUCAUUCAUUACGGCUGCAGAAAAAGCCGGAGGGUCUCUCAUUAUGCGGGUGGUGCACAUGUGGGGGAGGCGGAGGUUCAAUUCUCCGCUAUGUUUGCUGCCAGCUACCCCCCCCCCCCCCCCAGUGGAACCAUGUGGAGAAAACAGUCGAUUUUUCUGGUAGAAUUUAGUGAAAACAAUCAUCUCAAGAAAAAAAGGGCAGCUACAUUUCCUCACCUUUUUUAUAGACUUGCAGAUAAAAAUGUCAUUCUUUUGACAUUUUCCUGCUGAAAUCUAUAAUCUACCGUAUUGUGCAGUCUGUUGGUGGUGGUGACCUUUGAACUGGAGCUAGGAUUGAGCUGCAGAAGUUUUUCUAUACCAUUUCUAAAUUCAGCUGUGACAAUUACAGAUGUGUGCAUGUACUUUUUUUUUUUAAGCAGUACAUUUCGGUUCCAUGUACCACACGAGCCUGUGGAUGCUGGCCGGCCUUGAGCGCUGUGCAAACGGUAGACAGGGAGACGUUUGGCGUGUUCUAGAAACACUGACUUUUAGUUUCUGCUUGUAAAGUCUGAAGAAGUCGGCGUUGUUGUCCUUUAGUGUAGUUUACGCCUGAAUUCCUAGAAAUCAAACUUGCCUACCUCAUCAUCCCUCAGCCUUCACCUUCAUACAGUCAGCAAGUACAAUCAGAGCGGUGGUGCUUCACUGUUGGAUUUGACAGUUUUCCCCUCUUAAUGCUCUUUUUUUGCUUCUUCCUCCCUUUUUAUGAUCUGUGAUAUUUUUUAAGCCUGUCAUAAGAUGACCACUUCCUUUAAAGGUUCAAACAAGCUUUUGCUGCCAUCAUUGUAAAUACAAAACCUCUCAUCUCACCCAGAUGUUCUUAUUUAUACGGCCGGAAAGAUUCAGAGAAAUGUGCAAAACGAGGCCAGUUGUCUCCGAAAGGGACACGGUUGUGACGAGCCUCAUAGUUUGCUGCCAUGAUGGAAUUUUGUGUCCCUUUAAACGUGUGCAUAGAUGUUCUGUGAUGCCUUCUCCUCUACGUGAACCUGAACUGUGCAUCUGUUGGACCUACAGCGACUGUCUGUACUCUUGCAAGUCACCGUCUCCUGGAAACAUCGUUUAACACUUGGAUUUUUCUGUUCUUAAAUGGGACUCCGAGAAAAGCUGGACAGCGUGAAAACAUGUCAACUGGUUAUUUUGAGUGUUGACAACUAAUAUAUUGUGAAUUUUGAAAGUUUUACUUGACUUUUUAUUUAUUUGCAGUUUUGAACUGUAACCUAAUCUUUUACAUGCAGUCUAAUAAACGUUUUAGAGACGUUGCUCUA